AUGUCUGUUGCUGCUAAAUACUACCCAAACGAACCAACUGAACCAGUCAUCAAGACUGCUGAAAUCCCAGGUCCAGCUUCAAAAGCUGGUAUUGAAUCUUUAGGUAAAGUCUUUGAUUCAAGACCUGUUUACUUUAUUGCUGAUUAUGAAAAAUCAUUAGGUAACUUCAUUGCCGAUGUUGACGGUAAUGUCUAUUUGGAUACUUAUGCACAAAUUGCCUCAGUUCCUCUAGGUUACAAUAACCCAGCUUUAAUUGAAGCUGCUAAAUCCCCAGAAAUGUUGAGAGCAAUUAUUGAAAGACCAGCUUUAGGUAAUUUCCCAGGUAAAGAUCUAGAAGGUAUCAUUAAAAACGUUUUAAAAGUUGCUCCAGAAGGUCAAGAUCAAGUUUGGAAUGGUCUUUCAGGUGCUGAUGCUAAUGAAUUGGCUUUCAAAGCUGCAUUCAUGUGGUAUCAACAACAAAAAAGAGGUAAUGCUGAUUUCACUACUGAAGAAAAUGAAUCAACUAUGGAAAAUCAAGCUCCAGGUUCUCCAGACUUAGCUGUUUUAUCAUUCAAAAGAGCCUUCCAUGGUCGUUUGUUUGCUUCUGCUUCAGUCACUGCUUCAAAACCUGUUCAUAAAUUAGAUUUACCAUCAUUCAAAUGGCCAAAGGCUGAAUUCCCAUCAUAUCAAUACCCAUUAGAAGAUCAUGUUGAAGAAAACAAAGCUGAAGAUGCUCGUACUUUAGCCAUUGUUGAAAAUUUAAUCAAAACAUGGUCUGUUCCAAUUGCUGCCUUGAUCAUUGAACCAAUUCAAUCAGAAGGUGGUGAUAAUCAUGCAUCAGCUGAAUUCUUCCAGGGUUUAAGAGAUAUCACUUUGAAACAUGGUGUUGUUUUCAUUGUUGAUGAAGUUCAAACUGGGUUAGGUGCUACUGGUAAAUUAUGGGCUCAUGAACACUUCAAAAUUUCUCCAGCUCCAGAUUUAGUUACAUUUUCCAAAAAAUUCCAAUCUGCUGGUUAUUUCUUCCAUGAUCCAAAAUUCGUUCCAAAUGUUGCUUAUAGACAAUUCAACACUUGGUGUGGUGAUCCAGCUCGUAUGAUUUUAGCUGGUGCCAUUGGUAAAGAAGUUUUAGACCAAGGUUUAGUCGCUAAAGCUGCAGAAGUUGGUGAUUAUUUGUAUUCUGAAUUAGAAAAAGUUGCAGCUAAAUAUCCAACUAAAUUACAAAACUUGAGAGGUAAAAACAGAGCUACCUUCAUUGCAUGGGAUUUAGAAAGCGGUGCUGCUAGAAAUGCCUUCUUGUACAAGAUGAAACAAAAUGGUGUCAAUAUUGGUGGUUGUGCUGAAGUUUCUGUUAGAUUAAGACCAACAUUAACUUUUGAAAAGAAACAUGCUGAUCUUUUCGUUAAAGUUUUAAACAAAACUUUGUCUGAACUAUGA